UCGUUUGGAAGACUUGGAUAUAGACUAUCUACUGUACCACGCAGCAUCACUGGUCAAGGUUUUAGAUAUCUCUUCAACUCAUCUGGCCUUGAUCAUCCCUGCUCCGUAGAGUCCAUCGAGCAUCUCAGUCACAUUAGAUUGUUGAAGCCCUCCGUGUAUAAGUUUGAAUCCUCGACUUGCACCUCAGUACAGCCUCUCGACGCUCUACGCUGAAUUGUUGUCUAUUACGAGACCCCAUUCACGAACUAUCUCUAAUUCGGACUCCUUGGAUCGAUUCCUGGAAACCGAUUGACUGGGUACAUCACUUGCUGCCCUUGUCACUCCAACGCUCGCUAUAAAUCCACAAGCUUGUCUUUGUGGAUCACUUCGUUUCUAAUUUACAGAUACCUCUGUAACAUUUGCAAAAUGGCUGGUCCCGGUGGUGGUCCCCCUCGCCGCAGCCACACCAAGUCUCGCAAGGGCUGUGAUACCUGCAAGCGCCGCCAUAUCCGAUGCGAUGAAAACUUCCCCCAAUGCCGAAAUUGCACCAAGCACAAGAUUCGAUGCCCAUACAACGACGUGCAGGUUCCUGAUGCUGAGCGCUCUACAACUCCCGACAAGCCAGACCUGAUGUGGACACCCCAGAUUGAAGCCGCCAUUGCUGAAUGGCAAACGACGGGCAUCUUCCCGCUCCCCAGCCUGGGAAUAUACCCUGCCCCAAUGCCACAUCUGUACUCUGUUGAAGAUCUCCGUCUGAUCUACCACGUUGCGACGCUAUACUACCAACUAGCUACCAUCGAUGCUAACAAUUUCACCCUUUGGACUCGCCAUAUUCCAACUCUUCUUCGAAUUGGUGCCACGACACCCUAUGUGAUGCACGCUCUGCUCGCUUUCUCUGCUAUGCAUAUUGCUUUCCUCACCGACUGCCCUCUAGUUGGCAGCAUGGCCUAUGAGCACCGCGGCAUUGCCCUCAAGGGGCUCCAGGAAGCCAUUGGGUCUUUCUCCCGAGAGACAUCGGAUGCUAUCCUCGCUGCCUCCCUCGUUCUCUCCUGGCAGGCCACUGACUGGCGCAGCUGGACCCAGUUGAUGCAAGGCACUUCAUCGGUGAUCGAUGCCAUGGACCCCUGGAAGCAUGAGUCCCAGUUCGGAGACUUCAUCGCCGAGAGCAGCACGUUCCCAACCGCCCCGCCAUCUCCCGGAAAGGAUCAUCGCCCAAGCCAGCCUCGCCCUGAGGAUCUAGAGGCCUACCAGCGCACGCUCGAGCAGAUUCAAAAAGUCGAGGCACACCUCAAGUACCACAAGGAAGAUACUACACAGAUUCAGCAUCUCAUUGGCUUCCUCCGAGGCUCCCGCAAGAUCAGCCCUACGCUCUCCAUUGCUCAGCAAUUUGAGCGUCUUCAGCCUCUCCGCAAAUGGCUCUUCUGGAUGCCCGUGGGUUACCUGCAGAACUACCAUGGCUCUCCCAACUCGCUGGUCAUCAUUGCUUAUCUGUAUACCGUGGCUCUCCUCAUGGAACGGCUCUUCCCAGAGAUUGGCGCCGCCUAUUUUGGCAGUUUGUCUAUUUCUCCUGUUGAAGAGAUUGCUCGGCGACUCAUGUCGAUCAAUGUUUCUGGUGUUGGAAGCGAGAUGCAAACUCCCUUGACCCUUAUGGAGUUCCCCAUCGACACAGUCAGCCAGUUUCGGUCGCGUAUGGGAUGGAUGCACCCCGAAAGAACUCCCUCUUUCCCUCAGUUCAAUCCUCGCAAUUUCACUAUCCAGGAGGAGGUGCCCACCCAUGAGUCGUAUCUGUACGGAAAUCCUGCUUUCAGCUACAGCACUGAGGAAAUGCCCAUGCUCAACGCAUCCGGACCACCUUCUGCAGUGAGCCCCCUGGUCUUGUCGCCGUAUCCAAGCCAGCAGUACCUCAAUGUUCCCUCACCGGCGUACAAUGGAGCUUACAGCCCAGCAUCCUCGACUUUCGAGGGCUCUGUCGCAUACAGCGAUACCGAGGAGUAUGGAUCAUGGGACAUGAACACUCUACAAGGCGGGCCAUCCUCAUCAAUUCAGGACUCCCCUCAAAACUAUGGCGUCGGGAUGAACACGACACCUACAUACCCGCCUCCAGAGGACCCGAGUCUAUACAUGACUUCCAUGACGAGCACCCAAUCUCCAUAUAUCAAGUCAGAGCAAUUCGGCAUGCUUCCUCUCCCCGAAUCUCCCCUCUCGUCGAACGCGCCGCUCCCACGACAUCGCCAUACCUCGUCCAUGUCCUCUGCCCCGCACCCACCUUCUCCUCUGGCACGACCCCCUGUGAUGCACCAAUAUGACGACAAUACCCGACGUCGAGCCACCUGAUACCAAGUCCGACUUCGAUUCACCACCGAUCUGUUUUUACUGUUAUGAUUUAAUUCGAUAUUCUGCUUUUUCCGAAAACGACGCAGGCGCCAUGUAUAUCACACUCCUUCAACGCUCGCUACACCCGAACCUCCACGUCAACGACGCUGACACUC